AUGGCCACCAACGGGACCAAAGCCUCGGACGGACACGUCUUAACGGAGACGGUGAAUGACGCGCCCACCACCACGCCAAACGACAAACCCAAAACCUUGGUGGUGAAAGUGCAGAAGAAAAAGGAGAUACCCGAGAGAGAAACGUGGGCUGGGAAAUUUGACUUUCUUCUCUCUUGUGUCGGAUACGCAAUUGGACUCGGAAAUGUCUGGAGAUUUCCUUAUUUAUGUGGAAAGAAUGGAGGAGGGGCCUUCUUGAUUCCUUACUUUUUGACCCUCAUAUUUGCUGGCAUGCCCCUGUUCUUUCUGGAGACGGCUCUUGGUCAGUACACUUCUAUUGGAGGGCUUGGAGUGUGGAAACUGGCCCCCAUGUUCAAAGGUGUGGGUCUGGCUGCUGCUGUUCUGUCCUUCUGGCUCAAUAUCUAUUACAUUGUAAUCAUUUCCUGGGCUAUUUACUAUCUGUACAAUUCCUUCACUGCUGAUCUACCAUGGCAGACUUGUGGCAAUCCCUGGAACACAGACCGCUGCUACACCAACUACAGCAUCGCAGACACCACAAACCUCACCAGCGCUGUGGUGGAGUUCUGGGAACGUAACAUGCACCAGCUGACCGAUGGUCUGGAGAAGCCUGGGGAGUUCAGGAUCCCACUGGCUAUCACACUUGCUAUUGCAUGGGUGCUUGUCUAUUUCUGUAUCUGGAAGGGGGUCAGCUGGACUGGCAAAGUGGUGUACUUCUCAGCCACAUACCCUUACUUUAUGCUGUUCAUCCUGUUUUGUCGUGGCAUCAGUCUGCCGGGUGCACUUGAUGGGAUCCUCUUCUAUAUCACACCAGACUUUAACAAACUUAAGGAGUCUGAGGUGUGGCUGGAUGCAGCCACCCAGAUCUUCUUUUCCUACGGGCUGGGAUUAGGCUCUCUGAUUGCACUUGGCAGCUACAAUCCCUUCCACAACAACGUAUACAGAGAUUCUGUCAUUGUCUGCUUCAUCAACUCCUUCACCAGCAUGUUCGCUGGCUUUGUCAUCUUCUCCAUCGUGGGAUUCAUGUCCAAUGUAACAAAGAGACCCAUCGCUGAUGUGGCAGCCUCAGGACCUGGUCUGGCGUUUUUGGCUUAUCCUGAGGCUGUCACCCAGCUGCCCAUCUCCCCUCUCUGGGCCAUUCUCUUUUUCUCCAUGCUGCUGAUGUUGGGAAUUGACAGCCAGUUCUGCACUGUGGAAGGCUUCAUCACUGCACUGGUUGAUGAAUUCCCUCAGGUUCUCCGAAACCGCAGAGAGAUCUUCAUUGCAGCUGUCUGCCUUGUUUCUUACAUUAUUGGACUGUCAAACAUCACACAGGGUGGACUGUACGUGUUUAAGUUAUUUGACUACUACUCAGCUAGUGGAAUGUCCCUGCUCUUCCUUGUCUUCUUUGAGUGCAUCUCAAUUUCAUGGUUCUACGGUGUGAACAAAUUCUAUGACAACAUUGAGGAAAUGGUUGGCUACAGGCCCUGUCUGUGGUGGAAGGCCUGCUGGGUCGUUUUCACUCCACUCAUUGUGGCUGGGGUCUUCUUGUUUAGUGCAGUGCAAAUGGUCCCGCUCACGAUGGGUGACUACGUGUUCCCCGCCUGGGGUCAGGGGGUCGGCUGGUGCAUGGCCCUUUCCUCCAUGAUUCUCAUCCCUGGCUACAUGGGCUACAUGUUCCUCACACUCAAAGGCACAUACAAAGAGCGUCUGCGGAUAAUGAUCAAGCCUUUGGUACUGGUGAAGGCUCAGGAAAACGGCCCGGACCAGCAGACAGAAAACCAGAAUCAGAACCCUGCUAAUGAGGAAGCCUACAUCUAG